GCACUCAAUGUUCCAGGUAUCGCGGUGAAAGUGGAAGCUCCAAGACAUUCUUGUUGUUCAAUAGCGACUAUAUGCGCCAUUGCAGGAUACUUGAAAUGAAUACGAGAAAGACGGAGUCAGACCCAGACGGGUCGAGGUAAAGAAAGAUAGGGGCCAUAUGCCUCACGUGCAGUGAUGCGAUCGGAAUCAGAUUUGGACUUCCGAUCUCCCCAAUUUCUUGUUACCCUCCGACCACGACCUGCUUUGCCUACUCACCGCCAGCAUCCGAAAUCACCUGUAUACCGUCGCAAUGUUUCGCUCUGCUGCCUUGAGGUCGCUGGCAUCGACAAGAACACUGGCGACCCAUGUUUCCCCAGCGUCCUUCCCGUCCAACCGGGUGACGCGACACAACUGGACGAAACAAGAAAUCCAGCAGAUUUACGAUUCCCCUCUGCUCGAUCUCGUCUUCCGUUCUGCUUCGGUGCACAGACAGCACCAUGAUCCCAACAAAAUACAGCUCUGCACUCUCAUGAGCAUCAAAACUGGAGGAUGUUCUGAAGACUGCUCUUACUGCUCCCAAUCGUCCCGUCAUGAUACCAGCACGAAAGCUUCUCGUCUCCUCGAUGUCGAGCCCGUGAUAGAGGCCGCUCGCAAGGCAAAGGAAAAUGGCAGCACCCGUUUCUGCAUGGGUGCUGCCUGGCGCGAUCUUUCUGGGCGUAAACGAGGCUUUGAAAGAAUCUUGGAGAUGGUCCGAGAGGUCCGCGGCAUGGGGAUGGAAGUCUGCACCACUCUUGGUAUGUUGUCCCCAGAGCAGGCUCGGCAACUCAAAGAGGCCGGCUUGACUGCAUACAAUCACAACCUCGACACUUCGCGAGAGUUCUACCCUGAAGUCAUUACGUCUCGGACUUAUGAUGACCGCUUAGACACCAUAGAGGCAGUACGUCAGGCUGGUAUUAGUGUGUGCUCCGGAGGAAUAUUAGGUCUUGGUGAGAAAGACGCGGACAGAGUCGGACUCAUCUGGGAGGUCUCAAGGAUGCCUGAACACCCAGAAUCCUUCCCUGUCAACGCAUUGGUGCCCAUCCCAGGAACUCCUCUUGAGAACAACGAACCUGUUUCCCACCAGACUCUCGUUCGGACGAUUGCUACAGCGCGGAUAGUCCUGCCAACCACUAUCAUCAGACUCUCGGCCGGUAGAAAUACGCUUACUGAGGCAGAGCAAGCAAUGUGCUUCAUGGCCGGCGCAAAUGCGGUGUUUACGGGCGAACAGAUGCUGACUACCCCCUGUUCUCCAUGGGACGAGGACAAAGCAAUGAUGGAUCGCUGGGGUCUGGAAGGUAUGCGGAGUUUUGAACAGGUUAACGUUGCCCGGAAAGAAGGUGCCCAAAUCGAAAUCCCGGACCGAGCUGAAUUCAGGCGCUCGAAAGAAGCAGAUCUGGGGGCUUCAGCAUAAUUAGAUGGUCAGUCGAUUCCAGCGAUAUAUAUCCAUUUCGCCGCACUGAUU